AUGAACAAUUUGAGUUUCAUAGAACUGGAAGCAGAAUUCUAUGGGUUGGUUCCUAUUUUCAGUCAUGAUUGGCUCCGGAAAAUCGAAACAAAAUUCCAGCAAAACCUUGAACUUUAUAUGAGAAGCUCGUGGAAUAAGAUUGUGGACUUUCUGAAGUUUGAUAUCUGUGAAUCAGAGACAAGUGUUGCGGUUGGGUUACUGAAAGACAGGAUAAAUUCGUUCAAUGAACACUUUGACGAUAUAUGCAAUGUUCAGUCUACUUGGUUUGUGUUUGAUGAAGAGUUAAGAAAACAUAUUGUAAAAUCCAUAGAAAACAUGUUGUUGCCAGCAUAUGGAAAUUUCAUUGGAAGGUUGCAGAAUUUUCUUGGCAAACACAGUUAUAAUUAUAUUAAGUAUGGAAUGUUUGACGUCCUAGAUCGAGUCGGCAAUCUGUUUGUUGUGACGAAGAAUAAGAAUCUGUAUCUGAAACACAAGUGGAAGAGACCCAAGCGCUUGCGUUGA